AUGGCACAGCAGCCAACGCCGUUCCGAUUUCCGUCACCAACCCGGGCCUCAGAGGACCAGCGAUUCCAAGAGGCUGUGGCCCAUGCUAAGGCCUCGAUGAAGAUUUACACACCUGCUGUGCUGCGCCAAGCCAUCCGCGAGUUGUGGGAGCUUACGCUUGUAGGGUCUGACUACCACUCCGACUUUAUUUGCAGCACCAUGUUUCACAGGGCCACUUCGGGGGCCUUGAGCGCGGCGGUCAAGCAACGAGGCGCGCGCCUCGUCGAGCACUCGUCACUCCCCAUCGCUAAGCACCUGCGGAUGGCGGACCUCGACUUGAUGUCUCAGGUGCUGUUGCCGAAGCUGAGCCCCGCGUUCCAAGACUCGGUCCUGGCCAUGCGAUUCGAGACUAUCGGUGCCCAGCAGCUCGUCAACUUGCUCGGCCGCGCCGAACGGCUGGGAUACGACGUUAGAGACGUCGUGACGGACAACCAAUCCGGGUCGCCGCGGCAAGAGAGAGUGAUUCCCACUGCGAAUCCCAUACCAGCACCCCCAACAGCCAUGGUAGUACCAUCGUCGCAGCCGCAGCCGCAGCCGCGGGCGCCGAACAACCUCCCACCCGACGAGCAGGUUAAGAGGCUCGGUAUCACCUUUUGCGCGGCUUGCAACCGCCCAUGCGGAGGACAGAAGGCCCUGAAGGCGCAUAUUCGGAGCGGUCUUUGCGGGUCGCCGCCAGUGCCACUGCGCAAAUUCGGCAAGGACAACUGUCUGUUCUGCGGCCAGCGAUUCACGGGCAACGGCGGGCUGAACUACCACACAGCCAAUAGCGUUUGCGGUAUCUACACGCCGGAGCAUACUGCCGUACUGACGGCGUUCUUUGUUGGCGCCGAGCAAGGCUGGACUAAGGAGCAGUCGGCGGCUCCCGCGCCGGGCAGCCAGACGCCGGUCAGCAGGGGACGCCCCGAGACGACGACGCGGGUCACACCGGCGCCGGCGCCGACACCGCAGUCGCAGGAACCCUCGUCUUCGUCGUCCAAGGACCCGUUCGCCGCACUGACACCAGCCAGGCGGCUCGAGCUGGACACGGCACUCGCGCGGGUUGAACAGCAGUACGCGGAGAGCAUGAAGAACGCGCUGAAGCUGCCGCCGGAGGCGCAGAAGCACGAGAUUGCGCGCCUGAAGAACCUGUACUACAACAAGAUGAGCAUGACGCGCAAGAAAUUUGGCGUCCGACUGCGGGAACGGCGGUCGAAGUCCGCCAUCGACAGUGAGCGCGAGCGCAUGCUCAGCACCUCUUUAGGCACGCCGCUGCCUGCGUCGGGAGGCGGCAGAGCGGGAACGCCGGGCACGCCGAACACUCCGGGAUCAGCGACGAUGGCAAUUAUCGGCGAGCGCUGGGGGUCAGUUCCAAUGUCGCCACAAGCUAACAACGCGGUUGCGCGGCCGGUGCCCAUGUCCAUUGCGGGUUCGUACACGACCCCGAUCCGAACGCCGGAUGAUGCGCCGGCUGCAUCGGCGCAGGCGGAGUCAGCGCGGUCGGAGUCGACGGGCAGCGCAAAUAACACGGAGCCGAUUACUGCUCAACGCGAGAACGGGGACGAGGACAAGGAUGAAGAGAUGGGCGAGGACGAGGAUGAAGAGAUGGGUGACGACGAUGAUGGACAUGACGACGAGGAGGACUACAAGACGCCUACGGAGAUGGAUGCUGACGAGUAUGACGACCGACAGUGA